AUGCCGUCUCACCAGUCAGACCAUCUGACCUUGUCCGUGUUUCCGCUGGUCGCCAUGGAGAUGCACCAACCAAACGUGGUCCAUCCAGCUCCUAUGCAGCAGACGAUAGUGCAGACCGUCCCGGCCACGCAGGUGGUGAUCGCGGAGAGCCGCCCGCCGGACCACUUCGGCUGCGCGCUCUUCACCUGCCUCUGCUGCUUCUGGCCGACCGGAAUCGUGGCCCUGGUCUUCUCCUGCCAGGUUGGGCAGAAGCUGCACGACGGUGACAUCCAGGGGGCCAAUGACUCGUCCAACUCCGCUAACCUGUGGUGGAAGAUCACGCUGGGGAUCGGGAUCGCGCUCUGGAUCAUCGGGAUCGUCAUGAUCCCUGUCUACUACCUCGUCAUCCUCCCGACGCUGUGGGUUAGCUUUCUGGGAUAG